GUUUAGCCCUAAUUUAUAAUAAGCAAUAUAGUUUAGUACAAUAAUUGGUAAUAUUUACUUAAAAUACAGAGCCCAACCAUCUGCGAAUUAACAUUAUGCAUUAUAAUUAAUCAUUUUAAAAACUUAAAUAAUCAUUCUGUGUUCUCAAGUCUGAAUUUAUUUCAAUUCCACCUUUUUAUUGUCAAUUUGAUGAAAUUUUGUUGCACAUAGACAUAAUAGGCAGCACAUAGACAUAACCGUGUGUGAGUGUAGAGCUGGGUGGGGUGGAUGAGGGAUUUGUUUGUUGGAGUUGUAUUUGGUUGUUCAAUUCUGUAGCUUGGUUUCUAGAUUUAUGAUCAUUAUUAUUGACUUGAUUUCUUAUAAAAUUAUUUCAGGCUAUGUGAUUAAUUCUUGCUCCAUUGUGAAGUAUGAUAAAUCAACGCAAUUAUCUAAAAUUUCUGGAUUGGAAAAAUAAUCUGUUUGGUGUUGCUUGCUUGCUCUAUUUGCUUCUUGUAUAUGGUCUAAUAUGUGGUGCAUUAUUUAUGUUGUAUAGACAACUGAAGGAGAUGCUUUAACUUGGAAGCUGGUAAAGAUUAAAAUGAAUUUAAUUUCACAUUUUCUUGUUCAUUCAUGCUUUUUCCUUUUCUCCUUUUUAAUUUGUUUUUGAAUGGAAAAAGCUUCAUUUUUUAGCUAUUGUAGAGGUCUUGAGGAAUUUCUUGUUUGUUUCUCUGAUUCUGUGUCAUCAAGAUGGAUGUAGCAUCAGGCUAACAACCAAGAAAACUAGCUGUGUCAUCAAAAUGGAUGGCUAUAGAUGGAUGGAUCAGAUUUUAUCUGUCUUUCUGGUGAAUUUGGAUGUAAAUAUAAAUUUCUUGGCAUCUGGUUUAUAAUUUGCCAGGUUCUUUUGGAAAUGUGCACUAAAAUAAUCCAGGGCGUUUCAUUUUCUUCCUUGCAAGUUAUGAGAUUCUGGGGAUUAAAUCUUUUGCUAACUUUCAGUUUAUGCAGUAGAAAAUAGAAAAAGAUAUAGCCCCCAGACCUUUAAGGAGGUAUUUGUGAACGCCAAAAACUGUUGGUGAUGCUUUAAUUGACAGAAAUUCCACUACACUCUUCACUUAAAUUAGCUACAUGAUUCAUAUGGUACAACUGAGAUAAAGACAGUAAAGCUGGUUGACACACUAAAAUAAACGUGGUUAAGAAAGAAAGACUGCUUCCUCGUCUACUUUGUUGUUCCAGCACCAUCAUCCUCAGGGAGGGGAAGGGGUGUGACUAUAGCUUUUAUGGAAAGUAUUUUCUAUUUGGUUGCUCUAUUUGCUUCUUCCUCUAUUUGUUGAGCCAUGAUCCUAGCGAGCACUUAAGUUGGUUUUCUAUUAGUCUAGAUUAAUAUUCCAUUCACUUGAAUAAGUCUCAAUGAUAUGUCAAUUUUUGGAAACCGAGUGGCUAUGUUCUCUUGACUUUUUAUGCGACAUAACUCUGGGUUUGGAUGGGAUCAUGUGACGAAGAAAUUUACUGCUAGUGAUGAAGUAUGGGACGAUUACUUUAUGUCUCAUUCCGAAGAUAAAAGUUAUCGCACAGACACUUUUCUAGACUAUGAGGAUUUGAGAAUUGCAAUGGGAAGUGGGACAGCUGUUGGGACACACUCAAUUGCAUUAGGGGAUAAUACUGAUGCAAGAACAUUUUAUACAGAAGAAAGAAGAGUUAGCGACAGUUUAAUAGACGACUUCAUGUAUGAUCCUGAUACUGAAACAUUUAUAGUAAUUGAUAAACAAGAUCUUAUAAGUUCAGGGGUUUGCCCAUUAAUUCGAAAACGAAGUAGAACAGAAUUUGAAGCAAAAUCUAGUUCGUUUGAGCCCAAAAGCACUCAAUUAGGCAUUUUAGAUAAACUUGCUAGUACAUUUGACAAGAUCACUCAAGCAAUUGAAUCAAUUGACACCAGAGAGCCUAAUUGUUGGAACAUUAUCAAGGACAUCCCAAACUUGGAGGAUGAUGAUCGUUUUAAGGUCCUUGAUUUGCUUAAUACAAAAGCAAAAAAGUCUGAGUUCUUGAACAUGACACCCGAAGAACGUUCUAAAUGGAUAACAUUUAAAUUAAAUUGAAGCUUUGUUUUGUGGACAUGAUUCAUAGUA